GGUAGUGACGUCCUGGGUAAACAGGUUCUGUAGCCGUGGCAGCGGCCGUGGCAGGCUGACUGGGUACCGGCUGCCGCUGACCCGGGAGAAGCUGCCUGUCUACAUCAGCCUAGGCUGCAGCACGCUGCCGCCGCGGGGCCGGCAGCUGAACUAUGUGUCUUCAGGGCGGGCACCGUGUUGCAUUCAUCUUUGUACCCCCAGCAUCUAGCAGUGUUGGCAUGUAGUAGGCACUCAAGAAAUGUGUGUUGAAUGAACGAUGCCUGUGACAAGCAAGCGGACUUUAUUCUUUCCUGACCCUUGCUCCUAUGACACACCUCCUCCUGACUGCCACUGUCACUCCUUCAGAGCAGAACUCCUCUAGGAAGUCUGGAUGGGAAACAGCCAUGGCCAAGGACAUCCUGGGUGAAGCAGGGCUGCACUUUGAUGAACUGAACAAGCUGCGGGUGUUGGACCCAGAGGUUACCCAGCAGACCAUAGAGCUGAAGGAAGAGUGCAAAGACUUUGUGGACAAAAUUGGCCAGUUUCAGAAAAUAGUUGGUGGUUUAAUUGAGCUUGUUGAUCAACUUGCAAAAGAAGCAGAAAAUGAAAAGAUGAAGACUGACAUAGCUCCCAGAUGACCCCUCCCCACUUUGAGGACUUGAUGCUGUAGACGGUUUUAAUGAAGCCAUGGCCUUCUCUGGCAAUACUGUAGGCCAUCGGUGCUCGGAACUUGCUCAAAUCUAUAGCAAAGCAGAGAGAAGCUCAACAGCAGCAACUUCAAGCACUAAUAGCAGAAAAGAAAAUGCAGCUAGAAAGGUAAGAAGUCAUGAUGUAAAGCAAGUUCUUUACACAGCUGAAUUUCCACUCUUCCUUCUGGAGUGAUCACUUCUUGUCCUUACUCUUCAUCAUUGUUUUCCCAGGAAUAGCAUCUCACUUGUCAUCCUGAUUUGAAGAUUUUUAAAAAUAAAAUUACAUUUGAUGGGAAGGAAAUAGAAAACUUAAUAUCAAACCACCUCUAGUAGUUUGAGCAUGAAAGGGUCUACGAAGUUGGCUGGCUCUCUGAAAGAAGACUUUCCUAGGGCUGGAGAUUUCUCAUGGGUGGCUCUGGGUAGGGCUUUGCCUUUCUUUCUUCAUUCUGAACUCACACCAUUUCUUGAAAUCAUUUAAACCUCUAUAUCCUUCUCUAGAAGAAUUAAGUCUGUGGUUUACUUCAUCUUUUUUUUAGGGCCUCUAACAAUUUUGUUUUUCAGGUAUCGGGUUGAAUAUGAAGCUUUGUGUAAAGUAGAAGCAGAACAAAAUGAAUUUAUUGACCAAUUUAUUUUUCAGAAAUGAACUGAAAAUUUCACUUUUAUAGUAGGAAGGCAAAACAAAAAAAGCCCCUCAAAACCAAAAAAACCUCUGUAGCAUUCCAGCGGCUUGACCAAUGACCUGUCACAAGAGGUGGCGUGUAAGGAAUGCAGCCCCCUGAAGACAGCACUACAAGUCUGGGGGAGCCAGUUUUAAACAUCAGUGCACAGCUGCUGCUGGUGGCCCUACAGUGUACGUUCUCACUUCUUAUGCUUAAUUGGAACUAAGCAGCUUGUAAACUUUCAUCCUUUUUUUGUAAAUUCACAAAGCUUUGGAAGGAGAAUACAUUUUUGUUUUCAAAUG